ACAAAAAUAUUCUGACCGGAGAGACGUUUGACUCUGUAUAUUUUCUCUAGACUUUUGAUUUAGGUUUCAAAUAUACUUUUGUGCUAUUGAACAAUUAAAUUAGUAGCGUACAUACGGUUGGGUGAAUACCACGAUUCACCACUGUUGAUAUUGUUUUGUUCCAAGAUGUUAGGAAGAGUUUUUGCACUUGUUACGAUCUUGAUCUUUGCUCAAACUGGAACUCUAAAUUCACACCACGAAGCAGCUGACUGGCACUGCGAUUCCAACACCGAAAUCCAUCUUCAAGCCAAGUUCAAUCCAGGAAGAAUCACCCUUGAUGGGCAAGUUGAUGAUUGGAAAGAUAUUGAUGGUUCUGCAUUUUCACUUUUACCUGCUUUAGACCCACAUGCCGAUGAGGCAUAUCAUGGUGGGAAAAUGACGGUCAAGGCGUCACAUGAUGGCAAAGAGGUUUUCUUCAUGUUGCAAGUCGACGGGGAUUACACAUAUUCUGAAGGAUUCAGUAACAAGACUGCAUCAGUUGCUUUUAUGUUCCAAAUUGGUGAAAAUGCAUCUUAUCAUAGAAUGGGAGGAUGUGAAGAAGGACCUGAUACUUGCACGAACAAGUCAUGCAAGGGCCAUGAAGUUGACCUUAUGCAUUUCUCAAUAGGAAAGGCGGCAAUUCCUGGAAGACUCUAUGGAGGGAACCUGGUAGACAACAGUGAGGGAAAUGGGGGUGACAGGUUUGGUCAUUUGGUUGAUCUAUAUGGUUGGAACCCACACUGCCGUUAUUUAGAUGGCUUUGGUCCCUCAGCAAAUGAUACUAGUGCUCAGAAUGAUUGGAAAGGAACAUGGUGGCACAGUAGCUUGACUCACUCAGGUUUUGUUAAGGAUGACAGCCCAUAUUCGUCCAGCAACCAAUCCGGUGCAUAUAAUUUUGAAUUUUCGAGGCCGCUGAGAACAAUGGACCGCCUUCAACAGGAUGCUCAGUUCACAAUUGGCAAAACAAGUGAAAUGUCUGUGGCAUUUUGGUACCCUGUGGAUGGAAAACCGUGGCACGGGUCUGGUCACUUUUCAAUUAGCUGCGAGUGGAUACAGUUGGAUAUCUUGCCAGAUAGUUCUGAGCUGACCAAGGUGCCACAGAGAAGUCCUUGGGAUGCUGCUACAGCAUUCUCUCUUCUCAUUUCAGUAGUGGCUUUUUGUAUAUCCAUCUUUGUUGGGCAUAGAGUCUCAAGAACCAAGAACAACAUCCCUUUUACACCGAUGAACGAUCUUUAAAACUGGGGGCAAGUUCCUGCAGAUGGGGGAAAAAAACAAUUUGCAACUAUUUUCUUCCUAUAACUAGUCAACUAGGUAGUAAUACGUGUGCUUUCUUUUUCCAAGAUUCUUUAUUUUACACUUACAAUUGGAAUUCAUGGUGAGACAAGCUUCUUAGCUUUUGUAGUGAUGUCCGAAGUUCAUUCUUAUAUAUGCUCUAAUUUCUACUGUUGCUCAACAACAGUUGAUCCUAUAUAUAAUCUGAGUUUUUUCCUAAGCA